AUGUCUCUCUCCAUCCACGUCUUCAUCUUCCUCCUCAUUUCCUCCUUCAGCGUCUUAUUCGUCAAAGCCGAAAACCAGUACAAGGUUGGUGGCGAGGAGGGGUGGCGAGUUCCAGACGACAAUAACACGGACUUGUACACAAAUUGGGCUAGCAAACUCCGAUUCCAAGUCGGCGACUCAAUUGUGUUCGAGUACAAAAACGACUCUGUGAUUCGGGUGGAGAAAAGAGGCUACUAUCACUGCAACGAGAGCGGCAAUGGGGCCGUUUUCAAGGACGGAAGAACCGUCUUCCUCUUCGACAAGCCAGGCCUUUUCUACUUCGUUAGCAGCAACUUUGAACAUUGCAAGAAGGGUCAGAGGCUUAUGAUCGACGUCAUGGCUUCUCACCGCCCACCGUUUCCAGGGUCACCUGGUCCCUCGCCGGCGUCCAGCGCCGCCUUCACUUCCUACGGUGGUUCUGUUCCCGUUUUUGCGGUAGCGUUUAGCACUCUCUUGAUAUUCAAAUGGGCUAUCAAAGACUAGGAAGA